AUGAUAACAGUGAGAACGCCAGAGGUCCAUAUUUGCAAUAUUUAUCUGAUUCUUCCACAUUUAAUGCUACGAGAACUACGAAAUAUAGAUGGAGCAAGAAAGUUAAAUUAACAAGCAAGAGAGAGGAGAGCUAUCCAGAGGAAAGAACCUAACAAAAAAUUGCAUUGAUUUCAGCAGCACAAGUUCUCAAAGGAAUGAAGUAGUUCUCAGUAGCUCAACCUUGUCUUUCUUUUUGGACGAUUUUAAGUCACCUGAACUAAAUUAUUUUAAUGGUAAAUUGGAAAUGAACAGUUUUUCCAACAGUGGUGACAAGUUUGAGACCAAAAGAGUCACAGAGCUGACGUUGAUGUGA